AAGCAGCUGUCGCAGCGACCUAACGUGGACCGGGCAGCUAUGGGGAAAAUCGCGCUGCAGCUCAAAGCCACGCUGGAGAACGUCACCAACCUUCGGCCAGUGGGCGAGGACUUCCGGUGGUACCUGAAGAUGAAAUGUGGCAACUGUGGUGAGAUUUCAGAGAAGUGGCAGUAUAUCCGGCUGAUGGACAGUGUGGCAGUGAAAGGAGGCCGAGGCAGUGCCUCCAUGGUCCAGAAAUGCAAGCUGUGUGCACGGGAAAACUCCAUUGACAUCUUGAGCAGCACCAUCAAGUCUUACAACGCUGAAGACAAUGAGAAGUUCAAGACAAUAGUGGAGUUUGAAUGUCGGGGCCUUGAACCAGUAGACUUCCAGCCCCAGGCCGGCUUUGCUGCCGAAGGUGUGGAGUCAGGGACAGUCUUCAUUGACAUUAAUCUGCAAGAAAAGGACUGGACGGACUAUGAUGAAAAGGCGCAGGAGUCUGUGGGGAUCUUUGAGGUCACCCAUCAGUUCGUGAAGUGCUGAGCUGUCUUCCUGCAAGCUUGUCCCUAACAACUAAGAGGAGACCAAGUGCCCGGGUAGCAGUCCCCACAGAGGCAUAUCAUCUCUACUCUCGCGGCACUUGUACUAAGCCCUCACAGUCUGCUUGCUGGGGUUUGUCACGGUUCUAAGUCCCACCAAUAAAGCCCCUAUUGGUGCCACA